AUGUAUAGAUGUCCGCUGAACUUUCAGCCAAAUUUACAUGCAAGAAAAAUUCAAGUCGUCAACUUCCUGCCUCCGAUACUAAAAAUCGGCGAGAAAGCACGACCUCAUCUGGCGUUUCCGGAACAUUCUUUCGAGCUUCUUCAGCUUUCAACGUAUCGUGGGACUAGAGCGAGGAAGAAGAGACAUGAGCCAGACAUCAAAGAGAAGGAGGAGAAAAGCCACGAAAAGGGCACGGAUCACCGUAAAGAGACAAUGUUCAUGGGCAACGGGUGGCGGAUGAUGCAGAUGAUAUACUGUUUACCUCGAAUAGGCAGCAGCUUCCCCAUGAAUGCACAAUGA